AUGGAGCAGUAUGAGAAAGUCGAGAAAAUCGGAGAAGGGACGUACGGUGUCGUGUACAAAGCGCGUGAUAGACUGACCAACGAGACGAUAGCGCUGAAGAAGAUUCGGCUAGAAGCCGAAGACGAGGGUGUCCCAAGCACCGCUAUUAGAGAGAUUGCACUGCUGAAGGAGAUGCAGCACGGGAAUGUUGUCAGGCUUCAAGACGUCGUGCAUGCUGACCGAAGGUUGUACCUUGUCUUUGAGUACCUCGAUCUGGACCUUAAGAAGCAUCUUGACACGAGUCCUCACAUAGCGCAGGACAGGAUGAUUAUCAAGUCCUACAUGUACCAGAUUCUUCAAGGAGUAGCAUACUGCCACGCUCACCGUGUUUUGCACCGGGACUUGAAGCCUCAGAACCUUCUCAUCGACCGUCAGACAAAUUCCUUGAAGCUUGCUGAUUUCGGCCUUGCCAGGGCCUUUGGAAUUCCAGUGCGGACGUUCACACACGAGGUCGUGACCCUGUGGUAUAGGGCCCCAGAAAUCCUUUUGGGUUCAAAUCACUACGGAACGCCUGUGGACAUCUGGUCCGUUGGUUGCAUCUUCGCGGAGAUGAUAAAUCAGCGCCCCCUAUUCCCAGGAGAUUCCGAAAUUGAUGAGCUGUUCAAAAUAUUCAGGUGA